AUGACAGUCACAUCAGAUACCUCAUUGCAACAGGUACUUUAUGAUUUUGCCCUUACGGACUCAAAUAAUAAAGUAUUCUAUACUACUGCCACCAAGACUGAAAAAUCCGAUGACUCAAUUUCUAAAAAUGCUAUUCAUUUAUUGAACGAUAAUGAUCCAUUCGCUACUAUUUUGGAAACUGUUUCUACUACUUUAACUACGAUCUUUACCGAUGAAGUAACUUUAUUGAAGAGUUUACCACAUUUAUACCAAUUGAGAGAUUCCAUUGUCGUUAAUGUAGAUUUAUCUUUACAGGAUUAUUCUAUCAUUACAGCUUUGAAAGAUUUAAACAUUGUCUCUUUAAUUUCAAAUGAUGCCGCAACAGCUGUUACUAACGCUCAAUUGGCUAGUAAGGUCGCUUUAGAGAGACAUCUACCUGUUUUCCAUUUCAUUAACUUUACCAUUAUAAAUGACUCCGAGGAUAUUAUCCCUGACUUCCAAGAACAAUCUUCCAAUGAAGCUGAAUUAGAGGAAGAAGAACAAUCUACUCUAGAACAAUUUUUCACUGAACAAGACAUAUCAUUCUUUGAAUUGAAAGCUAAAGGUUCAAAACCAUCAGUUGCAAUUGUUAAUUUAUCCCAAUAUGGUCAAUCGAUUGCUCAAAUUCUUCCACCUACUGCCUCAAUAAUUAAUGUUAACGUCUACAGACCUUGGAGUAUUGAUCAACUACUACAACUUAUUGCCCCAUCUGUGUCUAAGAUUGUCAUGAUUCAAGGUUCCUAUAAGGAUGACUCAGCAGAACAACAUCAUUCAUUCGAUCCUUUCUUGUUAGAUUUCUUCGCAGACUUUCAAAAAUUGGUUCAAAGAAAUAUCGAUCAAGUUAUAUUAACAAAAAUUGGUCAAUUACCAAUUGAAGCAAUUGCCGAUUCUCUAGAUAUAAUUAUUAAUAACGCUCAUAAAGAGAACCCUGUUCAAAACCUUUACUUGGGGAAACAAUAUCAAAAUCAAACCGAUAACAAACAAUACAUCGAUUUAUUACACUCUUCUGUUAAAAAUGUGUUAAAUUUAGAGGCUGCAUAUAUUAAGGUAUUAAAACAAUUAUUUUCUAGUAAUUUGGAAAUUUUAAAUGAAUAUUCUAGUGAAACUGUUAACUCGAAUUCUCCAGAAUAUGGAUUUGGUUACUAUUUAAAGCAAAAUGAAAUCCGUCAACAACUUAUAGAUUUGAUAAAAUCUUCUUUAGACGUGUCGCUAUUUGCUGGAAUCCCAACUGCAUCUAACCUUGUCGAAUCUCUGUCCAAAUGGUUGAAAUUCAACGAAUCAUUUAAUUCGCAACAGGUAGAAGAGGCAAACAAAUUAGCUGAACAAAUUUUCGAUAUAUUAAACUCCAAUAAGACUAAUAGUACUGUUUCUAAUAUUUUAAAACUAGCGCCAACUGUUGACGAAUUCUCCUUCAAGUCUCAUUGGUUAAUUGGUUCCGAUGCUUGGUCAUACGAUCUGGGUAACUCUGGUGUCCACAACGUGCUAUCCUCCAACAAGAAUAUUAAUAUGUUAUUAAUUGAUUCAGAGCCAUACACUUCUAAAAACAAGGUUGCUCAUAAGAAAAAUGUUGGUUUGUAUGCUAUGAACUAUCAUAAUGUCUACGUUGCUUCUGUCGCUGUUUAUUCUUCUUACACUCAAUUGCUAACUGCUAUGAUUGAAGCCGCUAAGUUUAAUGGUCCCUCCUUGGUUUUAGCCUAUUUACCAUACUCCUCUGAAGCGGAUACACCAUUAGAUAUCCUAAAGGAAACUAAGAUUGCUGUAGAAUCAGGUUACUGGCCAUUAUAUAGAUAUGAUCCUACCAAAGAAGAAGAAGAUGAUGAAACACAUGGUUUUACUCUGGAUUCCUCCAUUAUUAAGAAAGAGUUGCAAGACUUCUUGGACCGUGAAAAUAAAUUGACUCUACUGAUUAAGAAAUAUCCAAUUGUAGCAGACAAUAUAAAGAACUCUGCUAGUGAUGUUAUCACUAGAAAACAAGAAACAAGAAACAAGGCUGCUCUUGAUGACCUACUUGAAGGUUUAUCCGGUCCACCAUUACAUAUCUACUAUUCUUCAGACGGUAGUAACUCUAUCAAUUUAGCUACUCGUUUGUGUAAACGUGCUGUCGCAAGAGGUUUAAAGGCUACCGUCCUUUCAAUGGAACAGAUAAUUCUUGAUGAAUUACCAGGUGAAGAAAAUGUAAUAUUUUUCACUUCUACAGCUGGUCAAGGUGAAUUUCCUCAAGAUGGUAAAUCCUUCUGGGAUGAAUUAAAGUCUUCUACAAUUGACUUGGCUGGGUUAAAUGUCUCGGUAUUUGGUCUAGGUGACUCCAAAUACUGGCCACGUAAGGAAGAUGCACGUUAUUAUAACAAACCUUCAAAGGAUUUGGCCGCUAAACUAGAGGUUCUAGGUGCCAAUUUUAUUGUUCCUUUGGGUUUAGGUGAUGAUCAAGAUGCCGAUGGUUUCCAAGAAGGUUAUCAAGGCUGGGAACCUCACUUAUGGGAAGCUCUUGGGGUGGAUAAUGUUGAUGUUCCUGAUGAACCCAAACCAUGGAAUAACGAAGAUAUGAAGCUCAACUCUGAUUUCUUAAGAGGUACAAUUGUCGAAGGAUUGAAUGAUGAAUCUACUCUUGCUAUUCAUCCAUACGAUCAACAAUUGACAAAAUUCCAUGGUUGUUACAUGCAAGAUGAUCGUGAUAUUAGAGAUAUCCGUAAGGCUCAAGGUCUAGAACCUUUGUUCAGUUUUAUGUCCAGAGUUAGAUUACCAGGUGGUAAGGCUACUCCAGAACAAUGGCUGGCACUGGAUAAAUUAGCUACUGAAGUUGGUAAUGGUACUAUGAAAAUUUCUACUAGAGCUACAUUCCAAUUGCACGGUAUUUUGAAAAAAGAUUUAAAACACGCUAUAAGAGCAAUGAAUUCUACAUUAAUGGACACUUUAGCUGCUUGUGGUGAUGUUAACAGAAACGUUGUUGUUACUGCCCUUCCAACUAAUGCCAAGGUCUUCAAUCAAGUCUCCGAAAUGGGAACUGAAAUUUCUGAGUAUUUCCUACCAAAAACAACUGCUUAUCAUGAAAUUUGGUUACAAGGUACUGAUGGACGUGAUGAUGAUCCAAAUUGGCCAGAGGUAUUUGCUAAUAGAAAGGAAGGUCCAACAAAAAAGAAAACAUUGGUUAGUGGAAAUGCUUUAGUAGAUGUUGAACCAAUAUACAGUAAUGUGUAUCUCCCAAGAAAGUUCAAAGUCAACAUCGCUGUCCCACCCUUUAACGAUGUUGACGUUUUCGCCAUCGAUUUAGGACUAAUUGCCAUUGUCAAUCCAGAUACUCAGAUCAUUGAGGGUUACAACUUAUAUGCUGGUGGUGGUAUGGGUUCCACACACAACAAUACUAAAACUUACCCAAGAACUGGAUCUGAAUUUGGUUUCGUUAAACCCGAGGAUGUUAUUCCUGCUAUACAAGCUGUUAUGAUCAUUCAAAGAGAUAAUGGUGAUCGUCAAGACCGUAAACAUGCUCGUUUAAAGUAUACCAUUGAUGAUAUCGGUGUUCCACAAUUUAAGGCUAUGGUUGAAGAAGAGUGGGGCAAGAAAUUCGAGCCAUCAAGAUCAUACGAACAAUUUAUUUCUAACCACGAUUAUUUCGGUUGGGUUAAGGAUGAAACUGGUCUGAAUCAUUACACAUGUUUCAUUGAAAACGGUAGAGUUGCCGAUACUCCAGAGUUACCUCAAAAGACCGGUUUAGUAAAGAUUGCUAAACUUCUACAAAAAAAUAAUUCAGGUCAUUUUAGAUUGACUGCAACUCAGCACGUUUUAAUUUCCGAUAUUGAAGACAGACAUUUAGAUGAAGUUAAAAAGGUCUUAAAGCAAUACAAGUUAGAUAUUACUGAGCUAAGUGGUAUUAGAAUUGCAUCUUCAUCAUGUGUCGGGUUACCAACUUGUGGUCUAGCUAUGGCAGAGUCUGAACGUUACCUACCUGUAUUGAUUGAUGAAAUUGAAGAAGUUCUUGAAGAAUUUGGUUUACGUCAUGAUUCUAUAGUUAUGAGAAUGACUGGUUGUCCGAAUGGUUGCUCACGUCCAUGGGUUGCAGAAAUUGCUCUAAUUGGUAAAGCUCCACAUACUUAUAAUUUGAUGCUUGGUGGUGGUUACUAUGGCCAAAGGUUAAAUAAACUUUACAGAGCUUCGGUUAAAGAUGAUGAUAUUAUUGGUAUUCUAAAACCAUUGUUUAAGAGAUGGGCUUUAGAGAGAGAAGAAGGCGAACAUUUCGGUGAUUUCGUUGUUCGUGCUGGCAUUAUUAAGCCAACAUUGGAAGGUAAGUACUUCCACGAUGAUAUCUCAGAAGACGCUUAUUAG